CAGCUCUGGGUCGGCCCAUUCACCCUGGAAUGCUGUAUGACUGUUGCUCUGAGUCCUUCACACCAGACUCCUUGUGUGACUCAGACAAUAUGAUAAAAGGGAAAAUAUCCCUGCCGUUGCCGUCCACUUUGAUCAAGGUAAUAGAGACAGACUCUCUGCAGGAGAGGUUCAGAGCUCUGGAACUGGAUCAGCCAAUAAGAACCAGUUUCCUGUCUGGACUGGUGGAGGUGGGAGGAGCUGCAGAGUAUCUAAACCAUCCUCUCCUGCACAAAGGGGACUAUGUGACUCUGCACUACAAGAGAACCACCCGACUGGAUCAGCUGACUUCCUUCCUGUUGGAGAAGGUGACUCGUCCUGAAGUGAUUCAGCAGCAAACAGCCACACACGUGGUCAUGGCUGUGACAUAUGGAACACAGGCCUUCAUCGUCUGUAAGACAAACAGAACAUGGACCAUGACCAAAGUCAUCAAUAAACUGAAGAAAAUGAUCCAACUUCUCACAGCAGAGGACGGAACUGCUAAACUGGCUAAAUCUUCUGGUCUCUCCUGUACCUACUACGGAGAUUUUGAGACAAAUAGAAGUGAUAGAGAGAUAACUGAUCUCUGUGAGUCCUUAUCUAAGCUGCUGGGGCCCAGUGGAGAGAAGGCUGUUCCUCUGAGAGUUUGGCUCUGCCCUCUGAAUAACCUGCACCCUGCCGCAGCCUGUGCGAGGGGGAUCAGUGAAGACCUGCAGUCCAGGGUAGAGAGAGUGAUGGAACACUGCAGAUGCACAGGCACGAGGUGUGAGAAGAUAAUAAAGCAUGAGUGGGUCAGUAAAGUUCAGGACCUGAAGGAUAAAUUGAUCCAUUUUAUAGAUCUCCUCCAACAGUACCAAGUUCAACUGCAGAAACUCAUGGGUAGAGUUUUGGUGUCUGUGAGGUCAGGAGUGCAGGAGGAGAAAGAUGUUGAAGAAGAGAUGAAAGGUCAUGAUCUGUCCCCAUUUAGAGUGGAAGCAACAGGACAGUGGUUGGAUGACAAACAGGCUGAGCUGAAGUUCCUUGAAUCCCUUGACUCUAAAAUUAGAUCUAAGAUGAUUUCUACAGACCAGCUGCAUAAAGUCACUAAUAAUUCAAAGACAGACACUGUGGUGUGUUUCACACUCACCUCUCAGGGUGAAACAGACCUGUAUCUCUCAUCCUUGAAGCAGCAUCUUGACUCCCUACAGACACACACACGGACCAGGCCUGGCCACCCCUAUCAGCACACUCAACCCUGGUUCAAGUCUGAGGAGAACAAGGAGAGAGUAACAAUGGCAGCUAGAGCUUUUCUGGAUUUCAUGAAGGUCACCAAGAAACUCAAAUUUGUUGCAGCCUCCAUUCCAGAUGAUUCCACUCCUGGAGCCUCAAUCCGUCUCUACCAGGGAGGCAGGUUAGUGGACUCUGACUAUGAAGCUGUGUCAAAGCCUGAGAUUGUCAAGGUAAUAGACACACAGCAGAGCAGCGUGACCCUCAGUUUAUCCCCGUCAAAGACUGGACACACUGACAGGUUCAGAGUGGAGUACAGACCUGUCAGACCUGACCUGUUCUUUCUCUAUGAGGAGAAGAACUGGAGGAGCAUGGUGGCCGGAGAUAACGGGGAAGCCUGUGUGAUAUCAGGCCUGGAGAGAGACACACAGUACCAGAUCAGACACAGAGCAGAGGACAGGGCAGGAGUGACGAGUGAGUUCAGUGACAUCACUGUGACAGAGACUGGGUCAGGGUCUGAGCCUGGGCGUCCGGUAGUCCAAUCAGCAAACAGAAAUUCAGUCAGACUGACCUGGAGAAGACCAGCGGAUGCUGCAGCGGGACGGCCUGUGCGCCACUACAGACUGGAGUACAGAGAGGAGGGACAGGAGGAGUGGGCCACACUGCUAACAGACGGGGAUGAGUGCGUGUACUCCCUAACACCCACACACACCUCCUGCAGAGUCAGAGUGUGUGCCGUCUAUAGAGAGGGAGACAUGAGUGAACCCAGCAAGGAAACAGUCAUCCCACUGGCAGCUGAUGUGACUCUGGACCCUGAUACAGCUCACCGUGAGUUGAUCCUGUCUGAUAACGGGAGGAGAGUGACAGCAGGAAAAAAUAGGAAGGUUCCUAAUAAUCCACAGAGAUUUGAUGGGUGGUCCUGUAUCCUGGGGAAGGAGGGCUUCCGCUCUGGACGACACUUCUGGCACGUGGAGGUGAAUAUUGAGGUGGAGGCAAGUUGGGCUGUGGGAGUGACCAGGGAGUCUGCUGACAGGAAAGGAUGGUUCUCAUUCUCUCCAAAAGAAGGUUACUGGUGUCUAAGUAAACCUUCUUUUAGUUCCAACCUGUGUGUCUUCAAGACCAACCUCCCCUGGCCCUCUAACCUCAAAGUGUUGGAUGUGUGUGUGGAUAUUGAGGAGAGGUGGGUCUCGUUCUACAACGCUGUGUCCAGGAGUCACAUCUACACCGUCACUGACAUGGUCUUCACUAAGGGAGAGAGGAUCUACCCGCUGUUCAGAACUUAUGGAAGAGAUAAAGGUCUUGUGAUCCAGGAGCUGAAAUAGAUUUCCAGGCAUCAUAAGAACCCUUGAAUAGCAAGGUGGGCAGUCAUCCAAAGAGCAGACAACGUUACAGGUUCAGGGUGCGUCCUAAUUAUCUUCCCUUUCUCCAGCAGUGUGCACUUGCUCACCUCCUUUCACUGAUGUGAAAGAAAAUGACUGGUUAUAAGAAAUAUGGUGGAAACUGAUUCCCACUAGCACAUGACUCCACCGAUCCAAAA